CUGGGAACGGCCAUCACUGGGCGUCAGUAGAAGGUGGAGGGAUACAGUGUGUCAAGGUAAAAGGGAAUAAAGACAGCGGCUUUUGGAAGCUGGCUUUUGUUUAUUAGUAAGUUUUAAUUUAAUUGGUUAAAUUAGAUCGGUGUUUAAUGGAGUUGCAGUAAAAUAAAAGGAGUGAUAGCAGAAAGAGCGCCGGUGCAGUAGAAGGAGAAGAAGAAGGAGAAGCGCAUCUUGACGGAAAGAAUAAGAAGUUAAGUUUGGAGCAGACUGAGCUGACAGCGGCUGUAGAAGAUGGCGUCAGUGAGUGACCCCCGGCAGCAGACACAGGUGCAGAAGGAUGCAGCUGACCAGAAUUUUGACUACAUGUUCAAACUACUUAUUAUUGGUAACAGCAGUGUUGGAAAGACAAGCUUCCUUUUCCGCUACGCAGAUGACUCGUUUACCCCCGCGUUCGUCAGCACCGUCGGCAUCGACUUCAAAGUCAAAACUGUAUACCGAAAUGAGAAACGCAUCAAACUCCAGAUCUGGGACACUGCAGGUCAGGAGAGAUAUCGCACCAUCACGACAGCCUACUACAGAGGAGCCAUGGGCUUUUUGCUCAUGUACGACAUAACCAACCAGGAGUCUUUCUAUGCUGUACAGGAUUGGGCAACUCAGAUUAAGACAUACUCAUGGGACAAUGCUCAAGUUAUUCUGGUUGGAAAUAAGUGUGACCUGGAGGACGACAGACUGGUGGCCACGGAAGAUGGACAGAGAUUAGCUAAUGAGUUAGGGUUCCAGUUCUUUGAAGCGAGCGCAAAAGACAACAUCAAUGUAAAGCAGGUCUUCGAGCGGCUCGUUGACAUCAUCUGCGACAAGAUGAACGAGAGCCUGGAUGGACAGCCAAGCCCGCUGGCCAAUCACAAAGGACCCAGCCUAGAGGACAUGCCCCCUACCAACCAAAAUGGCUGCUCGUGUUAAUGAUUGCUCUUUCACCCAAACACAAGUGCACACAUACCGAGCUCAACACAGAUACGCUCUACUGAUAGACCAAAGUGUAUAGUGUAAGUGUAUCGUUCAUGUAUGCGCACACACACACACACACACACACACACACACACACACACACACACACACACACACACAGGUUGUACACUACAAAAAACGUAUUAAGGCACAGUGGUUCUCAGCUGAUUUUACCUCAGGUUCACUAUUUGUUUUUGUUUUUUUCAUUAAGUCCAAGACCCAAAUGCAACAUUAAUUUGCAUUUAAAAGGAGCACAUUUAAAUGUAUCAGGACUAAAAGGCUACAAUAAUAGAAUAAUAAUAUUAUCAUUAUCGGAUUUAAUUAGGCUGUGAUUAAUAUGCUUAGGGAGUCAUAAUUUUGUACAGACAGUCUUUAUGUGCUUAAAUCUACAUGAGACUUAUGUUAAAUAGUUGUAGGACACUGGUUUAGCAGAGCUAGUUGCUUUCAAACUCCAAACAUGUAAACAAACUCAAACUUUCCAUUCAGUGAUCCCACUAAAGACAUGUCCUCUUUUGCUGGGACACCUGUUCAAGUUGACAGACUGGAUGUCAUCCAGUUCUGAUUAGAUGAUUUUUGUUCAUAGGGAUUCUUCUUCUCAGUCUAUUCUGAGAUAUGAUAUGCCAAAUCUUUUUUAUUUUUUUAUUUUUUAUUAAAUCCAUCAUAUUAUGACAUUGUAUAUUAUUGUGUAAAUUUUUUGUUUGGAAGCCAUAUUCUGAAAAGCUCCCAACUAUGUAUUAUAGAGUGUUUACGGGAAACACUGGAUGGCUUUCAUAUUUAAGCAGCCCAUACCACCUUGCAACACACCAGAUGAGAACCACUGAGCCAUCAGAGAUUAGAUAGUCCCGUCAUCAUACAGGAUCGUGCUCCAUAAGCCAAUGAAGAGUGUUACACAAGAGCAACCUGGCUGUUUUUAAGCUCUAGAAUCUUGAAAUUGGAGGUCAUAUUCAGAUUUUAAAGCCAAAGAUUCAUGUAAAUGUAUUGUACAUGGUUACUGAAUCAGGUCAAGUCACUGAUGAAGACUGUAUGUAGGAAAUACACCCCAAUUAUUAUUAUUAUUUUUAAAUUGUUUUGAGAUGCAGCAUGUCCAAAAUAAAAUUAAGCUUUCUGCCGUUUCAGUCUGUUCAUACUAUAUCUUCAAAACUGUUACGCCUCCUUGUGGACCCUGAAUGUAACUGCUGUGCAUGUCUGAACUCUCUAUGAUCUGAAAUCUAGACCACACCAUGGUUAAAUAUUCUCAUGUUCAUCUGAUUCAUGUUAUGCUACUUAUUAGUUGGGGCAAGAGUAAUAAAUUGGGAAUGUGGAUAAAGGGAACAAACAUGUAUGAUGUGUGAUCUGCUGGAAAACUACUUUAUAAAUGUUUCUUGGGUUGUGAAGUAUUUACUUCUCUCUCUCAUAAAGGGGCUUUUUAUUAUCAUCAUCAUCAUAUCAAUUUAACUACAUUAAUGCCAUCCUGCUAUUUGAAAUCACGAACCCAAUCAUAAUUCAGCCAACCAAAACCUUAAAAAAUAUUUCUAAACUGAAUAAGGAAUUGUUUAAUUUGCCAGAAGUAAUUUUUUAUAAAUCACAAGAUACGGAAUUAUUAGAAACCAAUGAUAUAGAUUUGUGUAAAGAAAGCUGAUUGGCUUCUACAUUUGCUGAUACAAUAAUGCUAAUGCAAUAACUCCAAAACUACUUUACUGACAUUUUUAUUUUGACCAGUCUUGCAUUGAAGUAAAAUAAAAAUUAAAUUGAAUUACAUUACAGUGUUUAGUCAUAAUCUGUAUUCCUUCGCACUUUGUUUUACUUUUAAAUGAUUACUUCGGUUCAGAAUUAUUUCCAAUUAUUGUGUACAUGCUAUGCAAAUAUAUUGCACUAUAGCCUAAAAUAACCUUGUGUCAGCUUGAAGUGUUUUAUCUGCAGUGGCUGAAAUCACAUGCUGGUGUUUUAUGUAACAUAAUUCUGAAAACAUUUACUAAAGUUGUUCUCUAAAAGAGCCUUUCUCUUAUGAAUGACCUUUUUCCUUACUGGAACAUGCUGUUGUUUGGGAACAGGGAAAUGGUUUUAUGAUGUUAUAUCAAUGUUGCCCACUUUAUCUAUCUCAUUAUGUCAGGUGUCAUUUCAUGGAAGAUUACUGAAAAAUCUCUGCAAUAGAGCAUGCUUCUGUUAAACUUAUUUACAAUGUUUCAGGUACAUUUAUAUAAUUGCCAAAAUCCUGUAAUGGAGUAAAAUGUUUAGUGAGCGAUUUAUAGAUUCAGUUCAGGAAUCGUUCCUUAACAUAAGAGCCAGACUUUAUAAAAUAUUCUGUCAUCAAAUUGAGGUCAAUUUUUUAAAUCUGUACGAAUGGCACAUUGAUCCAGUAUCAGUAUGUGGACUGUCCAAUCAAUAAACAAUGAACCAAAGCAAAA